AUGCAAGAUCUCCUGAAGGGUCUCAUCUUCCUUCUGCAAAUGAAAUUUGGAGUUAUUGCCAAUGGAAUCAUUUUAGUUGAUUAUUUGGGUAACAUUUUUUCAGGCAUAAAGAAAAUAGACUUCAUUGUCUGUCAUCUUACCCUAGUCAACUUGGUUUCACUGCUCUCAAGAGGAAUUCCUUACUCAAUGAUGCGUUUAGGGGUUCCAGAUGUACUAACUGAUGUGGGCUGCAAAGCAGUGAUUUAUACUUAUAGGGUAACUAGAGCACUUUCUAUAACCUCAACCUGUAGUUUAAGUGUAUUUCAGUUAGCAACUAUAGCUCCCACAGUAUCUCCAUGGGCAAUAUUUAAAAGUCUAGUGACAAAGUACAUUCUUUAUUCAUUUGUAGGCUUCUGGAUCUUCCAUAUGUGUGCCAAUUCAACAAUUCCAUUAACUGUUGGCGCACCAGUAAACAACACUAUUCCUCAAAGGGCUGUGCAUUUAGGCUUCUGCUAUGCAAUAUUCUUGGACUAUAUACCUGAAAUUGUCUCUACCAUGUUUACUACAGGUAUAGACUACUUGAAUGUAACUAUUAUGACAUUAUGUAGUGUUACCAUGCUAGUCUUAUUAAAGAGGCACAGCCAACAAGUCAGAUACCUUCAGAGCACAACACAAAGUGUAGAAUCUGACACAUGUGAUGGCCAUGCUGUGUGA